CUUAAGGUGACUGUCCAGUACCUGUUACAUGAAUUUCAUUCCCAAGAAGCAAAUUUCAAGAUGGCGCAGAUCAACAUCGCUAACCGAGUGUUCGGCCGGUAUGUUCGGCCAUUACAACGGCUCACAUUUAAUUACUGUAACCAGGGAGGAAGCAGUAGAGGAAUAAGGUAAUAAUUUAAACGAUCUUUUCAUGAUUUAGAAGCGAUUUUGAUCGUAAAUGUUGGGUGUGUGCUUUUCUGUAGGGAGUACAUUGACAAGAACAUCGUGCAGUUUGCGAAAGACAAUCCUGGAAUUUCUAUUUACGUCAUGGAGCGGAGUGGAAAACAUCCGACAGUUACUGGACACUUUAGUAAGUUACUUGUAACAGUUAUAGGCAAUGAACGUCAGUCGAUAGCCAAUCGAUGAAGUGUACGAAUACUUUUAUGUGACCCGAUGCCAGUCGAUGCCAAUUAACUAUUCGUAUGCCACUACCGUCGAUUGAUAGAUUGAUUUUCUUAUCAUCAAUUUUCAUCGACUGUUCAGGCCCUGUAAUGGGACUGAGUGGAGCAAAUUUCACGUGGAAAUCUGGCUUGCAAUUUCACACCGGAUGAAAUUGCAAAGCACAUGUUUUUGUAAUUUAGUUUAUGCAUUCGAAGGUCAGGGUUUGUGCAUGAACACAAUCUCUGUUUGUGAGGAGCCAUUCCCACUGCAUAUUACCAGUGCUAAAAAUAUAUUCCUUUUCCCCUUUAGUUGGAGGCAAUAGCAAGGAGGUUGAAGUAAAGAAUAUGACACCAGAAAAGAUAAAAGAAUGCGUUACAAGCCUUAGAAAUGAAUCAGGAGAGAAAGUGGAGAAGAUACGGAAGCACUGGCACACUGAGAAUCCAUCCAUACAAGGGACCUGGAAUCCUUUCUUGCAUAAACCACCUUCUCUGCGAAGGCAUGUUACAGGGAAAACGAAGUAAAACUCUGUCUUCAGUGGAUGUGCUACAAAGAUUAGGUCACACAUGUUGGGGAAACUUCAUAUGUUGCUUGCAUUUCAUGCUUGGACUGGUUGACUCUGAGAAAGAGCGAAGGUGAUGAGGUAAAUGUGGCUCACUGCAAUUUUGACACACAACUGUCUGAUUCGCAGUUCCAGCAUGUGUUUGUGAGCUUGCUAGGAAGCUUCUGUUAUCAUACAGUAAAACCCCAAUAGGGAGAAAGGGGUUAAGUUUAUAAAAUGAUUGUGGUGGUGCAUUCUUGCCAGCUAUUACAAGAUAAUUUGAUUUUAUUAGUAGUGAUGGUAAAAUGAAUUGGCCACCUUAGAGAGUUUCUAUAGCUAUAGUUUCAUUUGCCCUUCAUAGUCUGUUUUAUCCUAAAAUUCUCAUUAAAAGUUCUCACCAUACAUUUCUUAUAAAGAUGUAAAAGACUGAUUUUGAGUUUAGCAAUAAUGUGUUUAAAAAGAUCUUUUUUUCAAAAAAGAGAGGCUAGGGUCCAACUCUGCACUAAAAGAUACAAUGAACUUUUAUUAAUUUAUUAAUUAACCACUACAUUUGGCAGAAAUGUAGAUCUCCAAACUUCUUAAAUUCCAAAACAAACAAUUGACAAAUUUCAGAUGAAAGAAAGCUCAAAAAACUAAAAAAACAAGUGGAUGAAAAAG